AUGACCAUGACCACCAUGCCAGAAAGUCUCAACAGCCCCGUGUCGGGCAAGGCGGUGUUUAUGGAGUUUGGGCCGCCCAACCAGCAAAUGCCUCCUUCUCCCAUGUCCCACGGGCACUACUCCAUGCACUGUUUACACUCGGCGGCGGGCCACGCGCAGUCCGACGGCGCCUACAGCUCGGCCUCGUCCUUCUCCCGACCGCUGGGCUACCCCUACGUCAACUCGGUCAGCAGCCACGCGUCCAGCCCCUACAUCAGUUCCGUGCAGUCCUACCCCGGCAGCGCCAGCCUCGCCCAGAGCCGCCUGGAGGACCCAGGGGCCGACUCCGAGAAGAGCACCGUGGUGGAAGGCGGGGAGGUGCGCUUCAAUGGCAAGGGGAAAAAGAUCCGCAAGCCCAGGACAAUCUACUCCAGCUUGCAGCUGCAGGCUUUGAACCGGAGAUUCCAGCAAACUCAGUACCUGGCUCUGCCCGAGAGGGCGGAGCUCGCGGCCUCCUUGGGACUCACGCAGACGCAGGUCAAGAUCUGGUUCCAGAACAAGCGCUCCAAGUUCAAGAAGCUGAUGAAGCAGGGCGGGGCGGCUCUGGAGGGGAGCGCGCUAGCCAACGGCCGGGGGCUCUCUGCGGGCUCCCCGCCCGUGCCCCCCGGAUGGAACCCCAGCUCCUCGUCUGGAAAGGGCUCAGGCAGCAGCACGGGCUCCUACAUCCCCAGCUACACGUCCUGGUACCCCUCCGCGCACCAAGAAGCUAUGCAGCAACCCCAACUCAUGUGA